CAUAAUGCACUUCGUGUUGCAUACCCGUCCAAAAUGGCGGAAGUUGAAAAGUUGCUACUCUCUCUCAUAGAAAAAGAAAUCCCCGAAGGGCGCCAAGCGCUUCGUGAUGGCCACGAAAACUUAGCUAAAGUUGCUAAUUAUUGUCAACAGAAGUAUUCUGACUGUAGUAAUCGGUACAAAACUUCUCCUGACAAGAAAAAAGUCCUGGAGGAAUCGAAGGCUGUAUUGGAUGAGACGAAGCAAUUCACAACUCAAUCGCUGGCCAGUGUCGCAUACCAAAUCAACUCUUUGGCGGUGAACAUGCUAAACUUACUGGAUCAGCAAGUCUCACAGCUACAGACCAUGGAAUCUAAGAUCAACUAUAUUUCGGAGACAGUCAACAUUCACAAGGAAAAGGUAGCUCGACGAGAAAUUGGUGUCCUAGCCACAAGCAAAAACACAUCACGCACCCAUAAAAUAAUUGCCCCUGCGAAGCAAGAAAAACCAGAGCGCUAUUCACGGAAACCAAUUGAUUAUAGUAUAUUGGAUGACAUUGGUCACGGUGUAAAGAUAGCACCAACAGAUCGUCGCCGCUCAAGUGCUAAAAAGAAACCUUCCCCAUCCCCAUCUGCUGCUCCCCCAAGCAGCUUGAGAGUUAAACCUGUGAGUGGUCGGCUUGGUCUGUCCAACAUCAAGCCACCGCCCCCACCUGUUCCCCCACCAACAAUACCAUCUGUGCCCCCUGGGUCCGAGACAUAUGUGCCUCCGGGAUCUGCGACAUAUGAGAGCAUGGACUCUGUCAAUAAGGCUCCAGUACCUCCCAUGACUCCUCCUCCUGCAGUCGUCACUGCUCCGCCCCCUGCACCACCUCUGCCUAACUUUACUAGUCCGUCACCACCACCUCCACCACCCCUUCCCCCUGCAAUGCCUGCGAUGGAUGACCUACUGCCACCAGAUAUGCUCCCACCACCUCUGUUUGGGGACUCAGUGACUGACACUUAUGAAGUUAUGCAUGAUUUGGCCGCUCCUCCUGCUCCUCCUCUCCACGGGGAGAUUUAUCAAGUGGUGUCUGAAGUUCUGAGUCCACCGCCACCACCACCCCCCUCAGAAGACUUCUACAGCAUGCCAUCUUCACUUCCCAUGCCCUCACCUCCUGAGGACCUCUACGAUGCACCAGCCACCCUUCCCUCCCCCAUCAUGCCUCCCCCACCCCCCAUGGAUGGUGUUGAUGGUGGUGUCCCAGCAGAUUUCCUUGAGAAAGUGAUAGCAUUGUAUGAUUACAAUGCUACUCGAGAUGACGAGCUCACAUUUGCUGAGAACACAAUCAUCUACGUCAUCAAGAAGAAUGAUGAUGGAUGGUACGAGGGAGUCACAACAAAUGGAUUAACUGGGCUAUUCCCAGGCAAUUAUGUGGAACCAUGUCCGUGAAUAUUAAAUUCAGACAUUUUUUAUAUACUAAAAACAAAAAUAGGAACCCACAAUAGUCAUUAUAACACAGCAAUAAUAAUAAAUUGUAAUAAUUUUAAUCCAGAAAACAGCUGAUUUUACAUCUUUGCAGCAUCAUAUUUCUAAUUCAUCUUUAUAUCACACCUGGAAUGUAAGAUGGUGAAACAGGUGCAAUUUUUAGACAUUCAGUUGCUGAAAAAAAAAAUCCACAAACUGGCGUACAAAAAAGAUUGAAUAAAUACAAAAAAUAUUUUAGUUGUUUUGCUAUUAGAGACAGUCUGAUUGACUAUUAAUUAAUAAUCAUUAAAAUAUUAUUCUAUUAUUACUGUUUUUUUUGUGUGUCGGGUCUUCUAAAAGCAGAAUCUAUUGUGUUUCAACACAAAAAAGACAAUUUAUUAUCUUGUGUUUUGUAAUUCUGUUUUCUACAACUUUUGUCAAAUACUUCUUUCACACACAUCUAAUAACAAUAAAAGCUUGUUAACUUGUCUAAUUAUCAAUAAAAUUUCCUAAGAACUCAA